GAAUGGAGAAGAUCAUUUUUACACGAUUACCAUCUCGCUUUAAUUAAUCCGUGCUGCAAACGUCCUUGCGCUCCAAAAACAAUUUCUUCCUUUCGUCGGCGCUUCCGAUUUCCAGAUCCAGAGUGGCAAGACAGUCAAAGAAGAGGUGAUUGACCCGACAAAGAUGAAAUUUAGCGGCUUGAGGAAUUGGAAACAAGUUUUCUGUUUUGAUCGGUCGCUCCGACGGCGGCUACAGCGCAUGUCUUGUCUGGACCUGCCCGAGCCCGUCUCGUGCAAGGUCUCGUGUGGCCGAUUGCGACUUGCGACCAAUGAGAGAGGCGGGAGUCAUCGUGAACCAAUGACGUAACAUCUGGCGCUGCUAUCCUCACACAAAAUUUCAUUUCAUUAUGUGCAUACGCAUACACCAAAAGAUCCUUGGCAUACACUGUACACUGCUGCUACGCUGCUAGUGCUACACUAAACUUGGUAAGCAGCAGUGAUACUGUGUUUUUUCUUUCAAUUUCUCCGCUCGCUGCCGACGCUGCCGGAAGAAACGAAGCUGAAAAUCUCUAUCUGAUGCUGAUCGUUUCAUAUUUACUACAAGGCCUAUCCAAAGACUGGAAAAUAACAUUUGUGCCAUAAAUUUGAAAACGAAGUCAUGAUGGAGGUGGAUUCUGAACCUGAUGGGAAUCUCUCCCAGCAGCUGGAGGAGUUAAUUCCAAGAGAUUAUCAGAAUGAAAUGCUCAAUGCUGUGAUCAAAGGGAAUUCUAUUAUUUAUUUGCCAACUGGAGCUGGAAAGACUUUCAUUGCCUUUAUGGCCAUGAAGCAUUUUUACAGCGAGAUUGAAAAGCCCUUUGCUGAUGGAGGCAAAAGGAUCGUAUUUGCGGCUCCUAAAGUUGCCUUGGUGACUCAGCAGUGCACCGUGCUCCAGAGGCAGACCCAGUUCUCAGUUGGUAUGUUUAAUGGCAACAUGAAUGUAGACAACUGGACUAGGGACAUGUGGGAGCAACAAAUUGAAGUGCACCAGGUCUUGGUUAUGGGAAGUCAGAUUCUCUUAGAUAUCCUGGAUAAAGGCUUCUUAAAAAUGACUGACAUUUGUCUUCUAGUCUUGGAUGAAUGUCACCACGCUACUGAGAAGCACAACAUGAACUUGAUUUUUGCAAACCACUUCCGCAAAGAAAAUCCUUGCAUGCCUCGGAUUUUAGGAUUGACUGCAACGCUGGUUAAGAAAAAUGUGCCACUGCACAAACUGCAGCAGAUGAUGGGUGAUCUUGAAAACAAUUUGUGCAGCAGAAUUGUUAAGCACUUUAACUAUGAAGAUUUGAAAGGGCUCUAUGCAAACCCUAAAAUCCAGCCCCAUGUAGUGCAAAGUCUCAAAGCUGAAAAUGAUGUUAAUUUGUCCACAUUAUUGGGAGCUUUGAAGGAUACUCCAUUUCUGAAAGCAUCUACAAGAGGUGGAAGAGGGCAAAACUCUCUGCUGCUCCAGUUCAGUAGUUUAGGAAAGCUUGUCACUAAGAAAAAUCCUGUACUUGCUGAUUGUGAGAAAACAAUUCUUGAUAUUGAACACCAUCUCACCGAUUUAGGGCUAUUUGGGGGAAAGUUGGCCAUUCUGCAUCACAUAAUCAGGUUGAAAGUGCUGAAGCUCUCUUUGUCGACUAACUCGCAAGAGAUCAUAAUUUUGGACCAAAUGCUUGACCACCUGAAGGAAGUCGUAGAUAAAGCUGAUGAAGUGAUGAAUCAAGCGGCCAAAGGAAAUUACUUACACUUGUUCUAUUUCUCGGCGCCAAAAGUUCAUGGCAUGUUUAAAAUUUUGAGGGAUGCUCUGAAAAGCAAUAGCAAAGAUGGAGAAUCCACCCUGUGUGGUAUCGUCUUUGUUGAACGCAGGGUUACUGCUGUGGUUCUUUAUCACAUGUUAAAGGUAAAGAUUUCCAUGGAGUUGGACCACUCUCUCGAUGCUCUGAAGCCAGACAUUGCCCUAGGGGGAAGUGGAAAUCAAAGCUUUGGAACAAUGGAGUAUUCGCUGAAAAACGCAAAGAUGAAACGCAGCAUUGAUAGAUUCAAUGCUGGUUACACAAACUUGGUGUUUUCUACUGAUGUGCUGGAAGAAGGCAUUGAUGUUCCAAGAUGCAACAUUGUUGUGAGGUUUGACCCAAUCAAAACCAUGUGUUCCUUCAUCCAGUCCAAGGGCAGAGCUCGAGAUCUGGACGCCACUUUCUAUGUCCUUGAUGUAGAUGGGGAAUUUCAGAAAAGGGUGCAAACCUACUUUGAAAUGGAAAAGUCACUGAAACAAGUUCACUCUAAAAACGAAAACCCUGGCCAUGAUCUAAAUGGAGAGAAAAAGAUUUAUCCUCUUGUAACAUCUGCAGGCUCUUUGGCUACCGUGGACAAUUCAAUCAAAUUGAUUUACAGAUAUUGCAACUCUCUUAGUGUUGGCAGAUUUGCUCGUGCGGAACCUAACUGGUAUUACACAGAAAAAAGUGAUGAAGGUCCUUUCACCUUUUCUGUAGUUCUUCCUGCCUCUUCUCCCUACAAGAAACCCAUUAAAGGAUUUGAAAUGUCUUCGAUGAAGGAGGCUAAGAGUGUUUGCGCGUUGGAAGCUGUUAAAGCACUGUACAAGUUUGGAGAGCUUGACAGUUACUUACAGCCUAAGGCAAAGUCUGAGCAGAACAAUGAGAUGAACAACCCAGACCUUUUCAAGCACUGGAGAAAAUUCGAGGAAGGUGACGAAGGCUUAAAAAAUGCAGGCACUAGGGGCAGAAGACGGAUGCAUCCAAUGAUCUUUCCUGAAGUUUUGAAAAACAUUGGUCCAGUGCCAAACUUGGACACUUUUGUUCAUAUGGUGAAACUAAGGCCAAAGUAUGAUCGACCCUCUGGUUCGCGUAGAACCUUUCUUUACGAUUUGAUGGAAAGCUGUGAACAAGGUUUUGCCCUGCUUACUUCAAAGCCAUGGCCGCAGUUGUGCCAAUUUCCUAUUUAUACCAAUUUUGGUGAGAUGGAAGUUGAAGUAUUAGCAAAUGCUUCUUGUGUGCAACUUGUUGCUGAAGAAAUUGCUCUUAUUCAACACUUCCAUAGAACAGUAUUUGAAAUUGUUCUAGAAAUCAGUCACAAGUUUUUGGUGACCGAUUUUCAUUCAGAAACAAAUAGCAUUUUACUGGCUCCUGUGCUUGGAACUGAAGCUCAGUUUGACUGGCCCUUGCUGCUCUCUUGCAAGGAUAAUUUGGAGGGGUUAAGUGAAAAAUUGAAAGGAUUUGACAAAGGCUUGCUUGGAAAAGUUGUGAAUCCUUUACACAGAAAAGGCCCCAUCGACAAAGCCAACUGGAACUACAUUGUCACCAAAGUAAGAGAUGACCUUAAUCCAGGCUCGAAAUUCCCUGAUGAUAAGCACAAGGAUUUUGCCUCCUUCUUCAAACAUGUCUAUGGUGCUGCAGUGACCAACAUGUCGCAACCGAUGUUGGAGGUUCGGCCAAUUUCUCACAAAUUGAACUUGCUCACUCAUGGGAAAGACAAUUCAACUUCAAAGAGGACACCUGGAGAUGGUGAGAUUUUCAUCCCAGAGCUAUGCAGCAGCCCUGGUGUGAACAGGGUGAUUAGUUCAGAGCUGUGGCUCAAAGCUACAACAAUACCUUCUGUUUUGGAAAGAAUCCGAUGGCUCUUGAGUGCUGACGAGCUUCGAUCAAAAAUCAAUCAUGGAACUGGACUUGGAAAAACUAGUAUUCCAUAUGGAGUGUUGUGGGAAACUUUUGAAGUAGCUACUUUCACUGACAAGUACACACGCCUCUACAGCAAUCAUGAAGAUGUCAAACGUAUCAAGUUUUCUGACAGUGCAUCAAAGAGGAAGAAUUUGCAAUUGGAAGAACUUGAGAAUGAGCCUACCGAUUUGGAUUACAAUCUCUUAACUGUGACUGACGAGGAUAUCAAGAGCUAUGCUGCUUAUUCUUCAAAGAAGCUUGAAAUCACCAUCCCAAAAUCCAGAGCAGACCUAUUUGAAGCAAGAGACAACAUGGUUGCUGUGAAGGAAAUCAAGUGCUUCUCUAAAAGAUUGGUAGGAGGUUUGGGCCCUCAAUUGCAAACUUUCUAUCGAGCUAUCACAACAAGCACUGCAAAUGAUGCUGUCGACAUGGAAAGGCUUGAAAUCUUGGGUGAUGCUUACCUCAAAUUUGCAUCGUCGUUGUACUUGUUUGAAACAUACGACUUUGCAGAAGGAAAGCUAACUGACUUGAAAGGUAAAAUUGUGGGCAACAAAAACCUUUUUUACUGUGCAAUGAACAGAGAGAUAAGUGGUUACCUCCACGCUUCAAGAUUCUCUCCUCGACUUGAGUGGAAGCCACCAAAUUACAAAGUGCCUGAGACAACAAUUAAAGAAAUUCUGUCAAAGAAGCUGAAUCCACCCGUCUUAAAGAAAAUAGAAGGGUACCAAAAGGAUGGUCUUCCAAACACUGAUGAUUGGUUGUACUUCAAAGAUUCAACUGCAAAUGAGUCGUUCCAUAUGAUUCUUAAUCUUCAAGACAUUUCUGAUAAGUAUGUUUCUGACUGCGUGGAAGCUUUGAUUGGUACUUACGUCGAAAGCUGUGGGCCUAUUGAUGCCGCUGCCUUGCUGGUUUGGUUUGAAAUCCUUCCUCAAACUGUAACAGCUAUCAUGACCAGUCCAUCCAAAAGCUGUGUUAACUUGGAAAAUAUGGAGUCUCGCAGCUCUGUCGAAGAGCAUGUGAACAUGCACCUUCCAAGGGUUUCCUCGAUUGAGCAAGUCCUUGGCUACAAAUUCAAGGACAGAGCCCUGCUUCUACAAGCGCUGACCCAUUCGUCGUGCAUGUCAAACAGAAUUACUGAAUGCAAUCAAAGAUUGGAAUUCUUGGGUGAUGCAGUUCUUGACUUUUUGAUCACAUGCUAUAUUUAUGAGCAUUGUGGAAACUUGUCGCCGGGCGCAGUGACUGAUUUGCGCUCUGCACUUGUGAACAAUGUAGUCUUUGGCUCUCUGGCAGUGCGCUAUGGACUGCACACAUACCUCCUGCAUAAUUCGCCAAGUCUUUUUCAAGUCAUUGAUGCAUUUGUUGAGUACCAGCAGAAUAACAACCACGCCAUCAGUGAAGAGUACUUGUUGGCUUUAAACGAGGACAGUUGCUUGAGCACAGCAACAUACAUUGAGGUGCCCAAGGCUUUAGGAGAUGUCUGGGAAAGCAUUGUUGGGGCCGUUUUCUUGGACUCUGGCAAAGAUCUGGCCAGGACCUGGGCCGUGAUCUAUCCUCUGAUGAAGAAAGAAAUUGAUCUCUUUAGUGUUAAUGUGCCAAUUCAACCCGUUCGUAGGCUUUAUGAGUGCUUUGGGAAGGAAAACUCUGUUUUCAAGCCUGUUGAGAGAGAAGAAGGAACUGGGCGUGGUGUCUUGAUGAAACUGACUGUGAAAACCAAAGACCAAGAAAUUAUCUGCUACGGUCAAGGUAGGAACAAGCAACAAGCCAAAAUUGCCAGUGCCAAAUACGCCUUCAAGCGGAUUCAAAAUGGUCUGCCGAAAAAGUGACAACUUUUCAAAAUAAUCAAAUGUGAUUUAUUGUUGGAGAUAUAUUUUAUCAUUAAUUUUAUUUCUCUAUAAAUUAUUUCUAGAAAAUCAAUAUGCUAGCCAAAUUAUGUGUAAAAUAAAUACUCUGAAAUUAUACCAAAAAAAAAAAUCUAAAAAAAAAACGCACCUCUAUUAAGGCUUUAUAAACGGCUGGGAAAAACUCCAAUUGUGGCUUUCUGGUCCACUAACAUUAAUAAGCUGCUCAAUUCUCUUGGAGAAAUAAGUUGUCCACCACACUGAUUUUAAAAAUAAGUUUUAGUGGCUGGGUAGGAAAGAUUUCUUACUUAACAAAAACAAAAUCUUGGUAAAUUUUGAUUUUGAUAUAGAUACCAAUAUUUAAAUUAUUUUUUUUCUUUAAUUACUUGUGGUGCAGAAACACUACACUACUACAGUUCGUCAUUUGUUUCAAAUUGGGCAAGGCGCUAUUUAUGAUGGCUUCAUUUAUCAAGUGCUUUGUCAAUAUUGAAUUAAUUUGUCUGUUCAAUGAACAAAACUAAUUUUCUUCUAGACUAUACAUUAAUACCAUUUUAACGUUAAGCUAUUGCGGGCAAUCAAAAAGAACUAACAACUUGAACUCUGCACUCACAAUCAGGUGCUAUUCUGCGCCGCUUCUCGGUCCCCUGGAGCAAAACAUAACGCAACGUGCUUUACUUCAGUGUCGCACAGGUUGCAUAGCUUGAACGCCGGGUUGUAGCACCAAGUGCAGUUUUGAUACGCGUAAGAGAAAAAAGACGAGCAAUCUCUCAUCACUUCAGUUUUUUUGCACUUUGCAAAAGCUAUCUGAUCUUCAUAUUGUCCACUUUAAGAAUGUUUCUUUGCAGCUCUCUAGAGCUCCUGCACCAAGCCAUUUUUAUUGCUUUUUACACCAAGGAUAUGAUAUUAAAAAGACUAUUUAGUAAAGUAAAGCACAAAACUUACUCAAG